AUGUCCGUAUCAACAAAGAGGGUCACUGUUGAUGAUCCGACACCAACAAGAGAACCUCUUAGUAAAAAAGUCCGACUCGAUUACGAUAACUUAAAGCCAUCUCAAACGUUGUAUAUCAACAACUUAAAUGACCAGAUCAAGAUCUCUGUGAUGAAACAGAAUCUCCAUUUGUUGCUUUCCACAUUUGGUGAUGUGUUGGAGGUGAGAGUCAACAAGAAGUUAAGGGGUCAAGCUCAUAUACUAUUUGCCAGCAUAGAAGAGGCAGUAGCAGCACGUAACACCAUCAACGGUAUGGACUUUUUCGAUAAACCAAUGAAGGUAAAUUACUCGUUGAAGCAGUCAAACUUGGUGAGAAUAGUGGAGGAUAGUUUACGUUAA